AUGGGCCAACUCAUCUCACAUUAUAAACAACGGAAAAAGCACAAACACAACGACGAUGAAGUGCUUUCUUUCGAUGAUUCAGAUGAUUUUGUGAGAGAAAGUCUAUCAAUUUCCCGUAAUGAUAGUGAACAAUUAAUGUCCAUCAUCAAGAAGAAGAAGAAUGAAAAACAACAACAACAACAAAAACAUCAUUCACGAAAACCACAAGCAAAAGCCUCUUCUUCGCCAGAUUAUUCUCCUUUUGAUAUGUCCUACGAUGCGAGUGAAUAUAUGGAUCCCGAAACAUACUAUGCAAAGAUCGCUCAACACAAAUUGACUGGAUUGCAACGAGAAGAUUCAUCCUCUCCUUCUUCUUCACCUUCCUCACGAAAGAAGAAGGCAAGUUAUUCUGCCGAUGAACACAAUGUGACCAAACAACAAUAUAAAGCAUCUCAUAGAUUUACUGCGUUGUUUUCCUCUGACAAGACACACUUUGGAGGUGGAGGAUACAUGUACUUUUAA